UGAUUUAAAUUUAAAUGAAUAGUCUUCUUAAGCGUCGUGGACAUUCUAAUUUUAUCUCGACUCAAUCAGCGCAGCGCCAAUGAGCGUUGUUCUACUAUCGUGUCGUGUGGCCUUUACAUUUUAGUGCAUUUCUUAAUUUUAAGAAAUUAGUGACAUAUAUUUGUUAUUAAAUACAUUGUUAAGGAAGGUGAAGUUUAAAUUUUUAUUGCCAAGAUUUUUUCAUAACAAUUAUGUUUGUUGACAUUAUAUUUUAAGGCACACAGUGAGUUGGCGGGAAGCCGCCGGCCUAGAUUUUGGCAGAUCCUUUAAGCACGAUGACUUCCAUAGAGGAUGGUGAGACGCACGCGUCUGAGGACGUACCAGCGGGAAACCCGGAUGAAUUAGCCAAAAACCCUAGUGCAUUGAAAGAGGCUCAUGAGCAGAUGGCAACCUUAGAUGUGCUUGUGUGUGGCCAGUGCCACUCUGCAUUCCACUUUAUUGAAGAGUUCAAUGACCACAAAUCAGCCAAUAGUUGUUCUUCAAAGUCUCCAGUAAGAGAUAGUAAUGAAAGCAAAGCCCAAGUAUGGGCAUUCCUCCUAUGGAAGUGUUCAUCAGCACGGGACGGGACCAACAUCAACUCAGACAACAGUUGGAAGCUGUACCAGCAGUGGUGCCGCAUGCCGGAGUCUCAGAGGACCGCCUGGAUCACAGCUGGCUCCAAUGUGCAAGCUUUAUCCAAGUUUGCUCAUGCUAAAGUUAUGGAAUUGAAGACUGAUGACCAGCUCGUGCCUGUACAAACCGUAACACAAGUAACAGAGGUCAAGAAACGUGGACGACCAAGAAAGGUUCUCAAGGAGGAUUCCGAGACUCAGCCCUCAGGUGAAGAAAGCGAUGGUAUGGUUAGAGCUAGUCCUGCGCAGAAGAACGUUUUCAACAAAACGCCACUUAGUGCGAUAAAAGCCAAGGAACUAGCGGACAAGGAGUCCGUCCGUAACGCCCAGGAGCGCGUGCCGCCGGAGGAGCGCAUCGCGCGCCGCACCGAGCGCGAGGGCGACCCCGCCGACGCCGGCGAGUAUGUGGUGGAGAAGAUCCUCGCCAAGAGGUUCAACCCCAGGAGGAAGCAGUACGAGUACCUGCUCAAGUGGGAGGGAUAUCCGCAUGAACAAAACACAUGGGAGCCGAUAGAGAACAUGGAGACCUGUAAGCAUCUUCUAGAAGCAUUUGAGAAGCAGUUGGCGCGGCAGAAGGAGCUGAAGGCCCUGCGCGCGCAGCAGCAGCAACAGCAUCCUGUGCAGGUGAAACAAAUCAGCACACCACUUCCACAAAUAGUGAAACAAAUGGUUAAGAAAACGGAAAGUCCCGCUUUGACUCCUACUGGCCGCCUCCAGCGGUCUUCUAAAGUGCGCGCUCUCGACCAAGUGAAGGCGUGGUGCGGCGCCGAAGACGAGCCGGCCGCCAAGCGCGUCAAGAAGGAAGCCUCCAGCGAGGACGAGGAUUACUCCGAUGGGGACGCUAAAGUUGACGCUCGGAUACUAAACGGACAGUCGUCUCCAAAAGGUAACGUGGACCCGGAGCUGGUCAAGUCGCUGGGGCUCGGCGGCAAGGGCAUGCCGAAUAUCAAGGGCGUCAUCAAAGUCGAUCCCAAGCACAUGCCUAAUCUUACCACUGGUGUCUACAUUAUGUCUAAGAGCUCUGGGAUAAUGAAGAUUGACUCGCCCGGCAAACUUGGCCCGGGUCUGAAUAUAGACCAAGAUGUUAUUAGGAAACAAAUCUUAGCUGCCAAACAGAAAAAACAAGAGGAAAAGAAGGCAACACCCACGCAGGUAAAGAAGACAAUCGGCUCCGGCGGCCAACAGGUGACAGAGAAGACGAUCAUCACACCUUCUGGACAGAAGAUUAUCCAGCGCACAAUACACCGGCCCGUUGGACAAUCGCCAGAGGGCAAGUCUCCGGUCACCAUCCUUAACAAAAAACUAGCACAGGGCGACAGCCUGCUGCGGCGCGGCGCGGGGCGCGGGCGCGGGCGCGGCGGCAUGCAGGUGGCCACGGCGGCCGGCAACAUCGUGCGCAUCCGCGACAAGUCCGCCGCGCUGCCCUUCGACUUCGACCAGUCGGACGCGUCGUCGGACACGUCGGACGGCAUCACGGACCCGUUCCCGCUGGAGCCGGGCCCGCUGCCGCCGCCGUCGCCGGAGCGCGAGCUGACGCUGUGCCCGCUGACGGGGCGGCGCCUGGCGCGCGCCGAGGGCGAGCCCACGCCGCCGCCCACGCCCAGCCCGCCGCCCACGCCGCCCUCGCCGCCCUCGCCCAGCCCGCAGACCAUACCCCAGCAGAUGCUCAUGAAGGUCGAGAUGUCCCCAGGAGGCACAACCGGUAUGUUAGUACAAGGCGAUGGAACGCAGCAGUCUUUGCCAGUAUUGACAGACGACGACGGCACGGAGGUUAAAAUGGAAGCACAUGCGGUGAAGCAACUGUUAGAGGACGGCGGAGAGGGCGAGGGUGAAGAGGUGGGGCUGCUGCAAGCCGGCCACCCGCCCAUCAUGAUCCGCGGCGAAGACGGCGUGCUGUACCAGGUGGCAGGCGAGAACGAAGCUGGGCAGACGCUACUAGUGGCCGCCGAGGGCAUGGAGGGCGCCGUGGAGGGCGUCGAGGGCGGCGCCGACGGCGACGGCGUCAUGUACGUCACGCGCGAGGACGGACAGGACGUGCUCGCGAUCGACCCGUCGCAGCUGGCGCAGCUGAUGCCGGGCGGCGAGGCGCCGGCGCUGCAGCAGGUGGCCGUGCAGGUGGAGGGCGAGCCCGGCGAGGACGCCACGCAGGUCAUCGCGCAGCUCGUGCAGGCCGACCUGCCCUCGCCAGGCGGCACGCGGCGCGUAGUCCUACUACUGCCAGACGGAAGCUUCACGAUGACGGAGCUGGACAAAGAACAGUACGAGUCCAUCACAGAGGCCGGCAAAGCGCAGGAGUGAGCCCCGGCGGCCUGAAACUGACUAUGGCAUACAACGCAUCAUUCACACCUAAACCUCUGAUGCCGAGCGCCAUACAUUUGUAGUGCUCGACCGAAUCUUCGGUUUCGGUAGGUUUCGAUACAAACAUUAUGUUUCGGUCGGAUAAUAUACAUAAAAGCAUUUGUAUAACGGUCGGCAUCAGCGUCAAGCGUGCACGCUCAGAGCGCACGUUCCAUGGUCCUCGGGUUAGGAGUGCUGAGUAUGUGUCGGGGCUAUAGCCAAGUUGACAAUUGUAUAUCGAUAAAGGUCAAUAGAAAAGUCACUUGACCAUUUCCAUACGUCAUUUAAGAGUAUCGACGUUUUCAAACGAUUACAUGUUUCUUGGUUAGACCCCAUGGCCACCUUAACUUUUCUAUCAGUAAGUAAAGCGGAGCUUUACUUGAAAUCUUCUGGGUGGCGUGUGUUUGGUGGCGUUGCUGGCACGGCAGAUCGUAAUGUUGGCGAUAUACAACAAGCUUACUUAUCAAAUACCGAUAUAAACUCUUGUCAAAACAAUGUGCUAUCCUAGUAAAUAUUAUCGUCAUGUGGUGCUUGCCACGUCAUCAAAAUACAAUUUAUGGGAAUGGGGUCAUCAAUUACAGUAGUAACGUGGUCGUUUCAAUCCAAUAAAACACAUAAUGCCCGAAGCUCAAUGUUAUUAUGUGUUUCUAGCUUUAUGUAUUUCGACGUUUUGAAAUCUUAUUUCCUAUGCCUAUACUUCGUUUUUUUAACAUUAGAAAAAGAAUAAUCAAUCUUGAUGUGUCUUUUUAUUGAAAACCCCUUUAAAAAAAUAGUCACUUAAUAAGUGACACCAAAAUAAUACCAUAAUUGUUACAUAUUUGCUGCGACUUAUUUUUCAAAAGUGUUUUUCAAUAAAAAGGCACACCUAAAUUGUUGACCCUUUUUCUAAUGCCAAACAAACAAAGUAUAAUCUGCUCUUAGAUACCAUACAUUGCAACAAGGUACUGAAAUAUUAACUGCUUUUAUUUGUCCGUAGUUGAUGUAAGAUAAAACUCAGGAGCGUAUUCUUAGUUUUAUAAAGAUGCGAUUUAAGUGAACUGAGGAGAAAUAUUAUGUAAAUAGAGUAUGAUCGGCUAUUUGUACAGAUGGUACAUGGUUGGAUGUGUAAGCUCAUUUAGUUAAUGUUUAGGUAUAAUUUAUUAGACCAGGAAAUGUAUGCAAUUCAAGGCAGAGAAAUAAUUAUGCCUUAAUUUAUUUAAAAAAAAAUAUUUCGUUUUGCUAAUUCAAUAGAUUUACAUGAAGAUAAUCUGCAGUAAUUUAAUAAAUUCGUAUAUGUAUUACCUUGAACUGAAUUAAAACAGAAGCAUUUGCAAUUUAAUGUAGGUAAAAUUAAAAUAAACACGGUGAAAUACAACAUUCAAUUACACUACGUUCAUAAAUAAGAGAGCAGUAAUAAAACAUAUCAAUAUUUUCUUUAUAAUCAUUUUCUUUUUUAACUCGAACAAGUAUCUUUCUUAGGCGGUUGUACGAUUGGCGGCAGAUAAGCGUUUAAAGGCACACCGUGACGUGCGCUUUGUUAUAUACAGAUCCUUAUGAGAGACGGCACACCGCUUGCGUGACGUGUGCGUGCACGACUCCAACCCUUUACGCGCACGUGCAGUCAACUGCAGUCUACGCUCACGCGGCUGGUGUGCUCUAUUUUCUUGCAAAGAGAUGCAUAAAUUAGUUGUUGGUCGCUAGCUGUCCACUUUGCCUGGCUAAAAAAAAAUUACUCACUGAUCACCGCCGGUCAGACACGUAAGCUUGAUUUUGUAAAUUUAAAGUUGCCUUUAUUACUUAAUUAUAUUAACAACAUCUACAUUAAAACAUUUGUCUAAAUGCAUUGGAUAAAAUAUUAUAAUAGACAGAAUAGCAUAUACUCUGUAUUCUAUGGCUACACACUGACUUAUAUUUAUGAAAUGAGCACCUGGUGAAGUAUUUUACGAUCACUAUAAAUAAUGUAGUUUCUUUUAUGAAUACCAAAUAUUGGACAAGAAGCAUUCAUUAUAGAGAGUAUGGAUUCAAGGUAAUAGACUGGUAGUUUUUAAAUAAUUUAACUCCUUAAUCUGUAGUAUUCCACAUCUCUCUUUAUUUUCAUGCAUUGUAUAAAAUGACAUUUAUUUCCGAUCUGAGCCAAGAUUAUAUUAGUUACUUAAUUUGAAGACUCGUUGAAGGUAAGGCUCGUCUAAUUGAAAUUGUUCAAUAAUAUUUGAUCAUAUUAGAUGUAUAAUAUAGUAUAGUAUGUAAAGUAUUUUUGGUUUUAUAUAUCUGUAACUAUUUCAAAUAAACAUUAUUUGCCA